AUGAGAAUGGAGGAGGAGAAAAAAGUGGAGGAAAAUCUGGAGGAGGAGGAUUUUAAGGAAGAGGUGGAGAAAGGGGAGGAGAAACAUCUGGAGGAGGAAAAAGCCAAGGAGGAGAAACACAAGGAGGAGGAGCCAGAAGAUAUAUUUAUGGAUGUGACGUGGUGGUACAAAGUCCGCAGCUCGAACCUGCCAAUUCAUUUGGAGACAUUCGGAUUUCGAAGUGUGAUUUCAAAGAUGAGAAUGGAGGAGGAGAAAAAAGUGGAGGAACAUCUGGAGGAGGAGGAUUUUAAGGAAGAGGUGGAGAAAAGGGAGGAGAAACAUCUGGAGGAGGAAAAAGCCAAGGAGGAGAAACACCUGGAGAAGGAGGAGGAGCCAGAAGAUAUAUUUAUGGAUGUGACGUGGUGGUACAAAGUCCGCAGCUCGAACCUGCCAAUUCAGAUAAGAACAUUGAAGCGGUUUACACCAGUCAGCUACCUGGAGACCAUAGAAGAAGACAUGAAGGAUGAGAAAAAGGAGAAAAGUGAAAGUUUCCUCAGAUUACUGUUUUGCUGCUUUUGCUGCUAUUCCUGCAGUAGCGCUGAGACGAAGGAAUAAAGAGUACAUUGCUCCCCUAUAUAGCCAACGUUUAAGAAACCUACUUAGGGUAUAUUGCUCCCCUAUACCGCCAACGUUCAAGAAACUCACUUAGGGUACAUUGCUCCCCUAUACAGCCAACGUUACCAAGAAAGUCACUUAGGGUACAUUGCUCCCCUAUACAGCAAAUGUUACAAUGAAACUCCCUUAGGGUACAUUGCUCGCCUAUACAGCCAACGUUACUAAGAAAGUCACUCACAGGG